AAACUAUGAGUCAGUCACCAAUACACCAAGAUGGAAAUGUUCCAUCAGUGCUACAAGAGAAUAAAAAGAGAAGCGUGGCAACCAACAAAUUAUCACUUCACAUUACACAGCCCAGUGAUUCAGAUAAUGGGAGUUAUAGCGCGAGUGAUACAAACAAUGAUCAUUUUCAGCUUGUUAUUCCUCAAACAGCUCAAGAAGCACAGAUUUCUAUGGGGUCUGAAAUCACUGUUCCCUGUCACUUGUCUCCUGAAGUCUGUGCCAGUGCCAUGCAGAUCAAAUGGUUUAAGGAGACAGACUGCGUUUGCAUCUACAAGAACGGACACGUGAUUGAGGGGAGGAGCUACAAAGACAGAGCGAGACUUGACACUCCUGUACUGGAGAGAGGAAACGUGUCCUUACAUCUAAAUAAGUUCAGUGUGUCAGAUGUUGGAGAUUACUAUUGUCAGGUCAUCACUAGAGACACGACAAAACAGAUCACAGUAGGAGUGAGGAUAAAACCUGCGAGUCAGUCUCCAACAUUUCAAGACCAAUCUGUUCAGCUAAUGCUGUUUGAGACCGACAAAGUAUGGACUGAAGAGGAAACAGACAACAUGGAUAAAUCUGCUCUAAGGGCUGAGAUGAAAGUGAACAAUGAGCAGGAUACAUUGCUUAAUGUUUACAUACAAAAAAGCUGGAAAAAGCCGAAGAGGAGUUGAGAGCAUUGAGAAUGAAGUUGGACAGACUCGAAUCUCACGCUCAGAUGUUGGAGAGAGACAAAAAUACCCUUUAAUAGCUAAGAGUUAUGUAGUAAGCAUUGAAAUUUCAGGUAUCAUUUGCAACUGAUUAGGAAUAUUGUUCCUCGCAACCAGCAAUCCAGCAAGACACUCAAUCGUCACACAACGUAACAAAAUUCAUAUUUAUGAGUGAAGUCUUUACCCCACAAAUGACAAACGCAAAAAUGUCAUAAAUUGAGUGCCAAAUGGGGCAGAAGCUGUGUUGUGUUGAAUUCAUCUCGGUGUCGAACAGACUCCUCACAGUUUUCAGUACAGUUGGAGCGGUUAAAGCAAGGGUUGGGCAGCCUGAGGCAAAGAAAGCUUAACAAUGAAGGAGUAAGAGACAGCUGACCCAGAACAAUGCUGUUUCUUGUGAAUUUUUUUAUUUAUAAUAGAACAGCCAAUGUACUGCAUCCUCCAGGGCCCAGGUCUACUGUAUGUUCAUGUUUGAAUUUAAAUUAGCCACAGUAUGUAGUUCAAGGUUGCUAAAUGAGUUGCAUAUUUUGUAUUAUACGAUUUAAACUAUACCAGAGAGGAAUGUUACCAUUCAUUCUAUAGCUGUGCAAUGAAUGUCAAUUCUACUUAACAAUAAUGUAGCGUGUCAAUGUUUGUAUUAAUUAUAAAAUGAGUCUGCGCGACUCGAUUGCAUCAAUAUAACGUGAAUGCAGCGCCCCGCGUGAACACAGUAAUCACUCGCAGCAUCUCACGCUCGU